CAGCCGGGUGCCGGCCGCCCCGGGCUGCUGCUUGCAAGCUCUCCUUCGGGCAGGAGGCGCAGCAGCCUGGCGCAGCCCCCGGGAGGGUGUGUCCUUGCUCGCCCACUCUCCUGCUCUGGGGGUGGAGGGAGGAGGAACCAGCAGCGGCAGGAGGAAGUGGAGGCGGCUCGGAAUAGCGGGCAAAUGGAGACGUGAGAGGCGGCAGCAGCAGCAGCAGCGGCAGCGGGGGAAGGAAGCGAGCUGGUCUCAGGAUCCCUGGGCUUGCAGCCCGACGGCCACGGGGGCUCGCCUCGGCAGCCUGGGGCAGAAGCUUGCUCGGGGCUCCGCUGCUGCCUGGGGGGUGCUGCCUGCUCGGAGAGCUGCGGCGUUGUGCCUGCUCUGCGCGCUGCUCCAUUGGCUCACGGAGGAGGAUUUCAGAAGGUAGAAGCUUCCCCUCCACCAGAGGCACCUUCCCUCCCAGCCUCUUCGCUUUCCCGUUCCUGGGAGGGCCUGCAAGGGGAUUGCACGCAAGUUACUGCAGCUGAGAGAGCCUGGACCCUGCCCGAGCCAGCCAAGCACGGGGUCUGUCUGGGGAAUAUUGCUAGCGGCUUCCUAGACAGCAUCUGAUUUUGUUGUUGUUGUAAGUCUCUGCUUUAAAACUAAGUGUAUAUGAAAUAUUAAAGCCCCUCCCCUGGAUUUUUCUGUUUUGCACCCCAAGGACUGAAUGACUUCCCUCUAGAGACGUCUUUUUUGGGGCGGAGGAAGGCACCUGAGUACCAAGCUGCUGCAUCUUGUGUACAAGGCUUUUCUCUUUCCUCCUUUAAAAAUAACCCUCACCCCCACUCCGCUGGAGGGUAAGGGAAGAUGCAGACCUUUCUGAAAGGGAAAAGAGUUGGUUAUUGGCUGAGUGAAAAGAAAAUCAAGAAGCUGAAUUUUCAGGCCUUUGCAGAGCUCUGCAGGAAAAGAGGAAUAGAAGUCAUACAGCUUGACCUUACCAAACCAAUCGAAGAUCAGGGUCCGUUGGACGUGAUCAUACAUAAACUGACAGAUGUCAUCCUUGAAGCAGACCAAAAUGACAGCCAGUCGUUGGAAUUGGUUUACAGGUUCCAGGAGUAUAUCGAUGCUCACCCUGAGACUAUCAUCCUGGACCCCCUUCCUGCUAUCCGGACACUGCUGGACCGAUCCAAGUCUUAUGAGCUUAUUCGGCGAAUAGAGGCCUACAUGCAAGAUGAGAGAAUCUGUUCACCACCCUUUAUGGAGCUGACAAGCGCCUGUGGAGAAGACACCUUGCAGGUCAUAGAGAAGAAUGGACUAACGUUCCCAUUCAUUUGUAAAACCAGAGUGGCUCAUGGAACCAACUCUCAUGAGAUGGCAAUCAUAUUCAACCAGGAAGGCCUGAAGGCCAUCCAGCCCCCCUGCGUGAUUCAGAGCUUCAUCAAUCACAACGCUGUGCUGUAUAAAGUGUUUGUGGUCGGGGAAUCCUACACUGUGGUAAAAAGACCAUCUUUAAAGAACUUCUCGGCAGGCAUUUCAGAUAGAGAAUCAAUAUUUUUCAACAGCCACAAUGUGUCGAAGCCAGAAUCCUCCUCUGUCUUAACAGCACUUGAUAAAAUCGAAGGUGUGUUUGAACGGCCAAAUGACGACGUCAUCCGGGAGAUCUCCAAGGCGCUGAGACAGGCUCUGGGGGUUUCCCUCUUUGGGAUUGACAUUAUCAUUAACAAUCAGACCGGCCAGCAUGCAGUCAUUGAUAUCAAUGCAUUCCCAGGUAAGAGAGACCUUUCAGCUUUCACCAAACUGUGUGGAUACCAGACCAUGUGUGUUUAGUGAGAAUUAGUAUUGCUGUUCAUA